UUGCACUAAUGAUUAUUAUUUUGCAAUAAAAGAAACCUAACAGUGUGAUUUGUAACAAAAACCACAACCCUGAAUCAUCUUGUAAAGAAAGCACAAAACUACUACAAAAACCAAAGCUUUGCAUUAUUCUCUUGAAUGUAUGGAUGACUCAAAGCUGAUUGGAGAGAUAGACAUUGUUCUAGUGUAAAGUCAUGCCAUCGGAGCCAUUUAAUUGUGGAGUCUGGCUGGCACAAACAGAAUCACAGUACCACUCUGACAGCCUCCUGCUGAAGAACUAUUACUUUGGCUGUGUUUGUGAACCUGCGUUUGGCUUCUCAGUGUACACUACGAGGAUUACGACUCGUUUAAAGUGACUUUUUACAGUAUAAACAGGGAAGAAGAUCGACAGGAUUCUCAAUGGAGUUUCUACAGCUCUGUGUCUUUUGCUGAGCAACUCUUGAGGCUUACAAAUCAAAAUUUUCACUGACAGUUUUCUGCGAAUAGGUUUUUAUUGUCAGGAAUAAAUGAUCACCUCAACUAGACGAGUGUCUGCAGAUAAACCUGAAGUACAAAUCGCUUUCAGUCUCGACGAAACCUCAGAGUUGAAAGAUGCAAAGGAUCCCCUUCCAUCAUUCUCUGACCUUGAGCAACGCCUGCAGCCGGUGCUGCCAUGUCGGUCUCUAAAGGAGUCCAUUGAAGUGUACAAAAACCACUGCAAGAUGGCCAAUGAGUUCAACCAGGUCAAACAUGAAAUCGCCAGGCUGGAAGACAGAAAGAGGGAGCUCAUGGCAGAGCUGCUAGAGGACGAAAAGGUGUCGAUGGAGUUUGCGCAAGUUGAGGAAGAAUACAGGAUACUUACAGAAGAGAACCGAAAUCUGAUAACUGUCCAUAGCCAACGCGCACAGCAGCUAGAGAUGCUCCGAGUGAUCAGUCACAAGAGGCAGGGCUCCUCGUGACCCUCGUUGAUUCCAAUGCGAAAGAUCUUUUGCCUCUGGGUCUUUACUACUCAGCGUUCCUUCAGUGCUUGUGUAAUGUACUGAAGCAGAAAACUGAUCUUGAAUCAGUGUGCUUACACUGAGACACUUAAUCAAUGUAUAUUUAAUAUAUUUUAAGCUGAUAUGGGUUUAUUUCAGAGUUGAUGCUCUUGUGACCCAAACUUGAGCUGAGAGGUCGCCUCACUCAUAUCUGACAUCACAUUCUGAA